CAUAACCUCAAAACUUUUCAUAAACAAUGUCACAUGGAUUUGAGACGAAUGUAAAUAAUUAUUAAAAAAAGUAUAAAAUAAACAGAAGUAAUUUUAAGCCCUAAAAAUGAAAAAAUAAAAAAUUGGACAACAAUGGAGGAAAUAAAAUAUAUAAAAGAAUUGUUAAAAAUUCACUUAAAGGACAAUGAGUUAAGGACUGAAGGUACCAAGGAGAAUGAUGCUUUUUUUAUAAACACUUGUCACAUUUGUCAUUAUUUGGAUAAAUCGGAAAAAACUUUAAAAAGAUGUAGUAGUUGUAAUAUGAUUUCCUAUUGUGACACUGAACAUCAAGCAAAACAUUGGCCAAUUCACAAGAAAUUAUGUAAAAUAAUUAAACAAAUUAUUUCAACGAAUGGCAGUUAUAGUAUUUUCGGUAAUACAAAAGGAUUAGACAAAAAAAAUUGGGUAAAAUUGAAAAUGAACACAAUGCUAAUCGUUUCAUUGAAACUUGGACGAAAAUUUACAUCUAGUGAAAGGAGCAUGUUUUUAUUUCCAAGAAUUUGCUGUAUUUGUCAUGAGAGUAAUCCUCAAGUACUGACAAAUUGUUUCGACUGUGGAAAUUCAUGCUUUUGCGACGAACACAUUUUGGACGCGGGGCAUAAAAUAAUUUGCCCAUCGUUUAAACUCUCUUACAAGUUAAGCCUUCUAAAAAACAUUACCAGCAAUAUGAGCAUCUCAGAAAUUGUUUGCAUUCUCCUCGAUAGAAAUCCAAUAAAUUGCAUUCCAUUCGCAGACAAAAAUGUCGAAUUCACCACAAUGAGCCAAUUUAUCAAAUGCUUUUUCCAUCAAGUCAUUGACGAACGUCGUCAAAAUAAUGUCGCUGUUAGUUCCGAUUUUUGGCAAGUUUUCAUUGCUGAAUAUUUCACGAGACCAUUGACACUAUUGUCGGCUAUUAAAUUAAUCAAUUACGAAUUAGAGACUGAAUUAAUUGUACAUAUUAUCGGAUCAGAUUUCGUCGAAGUUGAUGGAAUUUACGCAUGGGAAAUUCUUUUCCACUUGAUGCCAAAAAUUGAAAAAUUGACAAUUGUUUUCAUUGGUCCAGAACUUGUUAUUAAUGAAAUAAUGACAAAUUUUCUUUGUGAGAAAUGUAAAGAAUGUGGAAAAUUGAUUAAUAUUGUCAUUGAUAAUCGUUUUUAUCAUGAAUUUACAAAUGAAGUAUUUAAAAGACCAAAUUUAAUUGUUGGCUACAAUUUGGGAAUAAGUGAAAACGAAAAUCCAGGAACGUUUAAUGAUACGUGGCAGUUGACGAUUUUGAAAAUAGCGGAAAUAAAUGUGCCAUUUGUAAUGACUUGUUAUACUGAGGGAGAAGCUCUUAAAGAUCACAAGAGAAUAUGUAACUUUUUGAAUAACGUAAAUACGAAUUUUUUUUCUUUACUUCAACCAAAUAGAUUUGCGAGUUUGACGCCUCUUAGGGACUUUGAAAGCGAAGGGGUGUUUUAUCAAAAUGAUCAUUUAAUUGUUUAUAACAAUUGUCAAACGAGCAAGAAUUGAUUUUUUCAAUUUUAAAAAAUUCAAUUUAAAAUUAAAAAACAGUAUCUAUACUUAGUGAAAAAUAAAUUUUAAAUAUAUUUUUUAUAGUAACUGUUUUUUGAUUUAAGUAAACAGUUUCUAAUCAAAAUGUACAACAACUCAAAGUUAAUUGUUUCCUUUUCCAAAAGAAACAUUUAUUAAAAUUGCGAUCGACCGAUUUAUUUUAAUUUUAAUCAAAAGCAAAUUCUCAUUAGAUCGAUAUUUAAAAUUAGUGAAAUUUCAACGUAUAUUAUAAGAUUGUUUAAUUUAAAUUAUUUUUGUAAUAAAUAAACUGUGUUUUUCAAUAAUAAUAAAUAUAUUUUUCCAAUAAA